UCUCGGCGAGGGGCAGCAGUUGCCUGUGUGAGAGCGAGUGGGAAGCGUGCGUGGAUUUCUUUUUUACUUGAUUUUAUUUCCCCCCCUUUUUUUUUCGUUUUUUUUUUUUUUUUUUAUUUCUCGGAGCGUCAUUCAGUGUUUCUGGAUGGCGUGGGACAGGUGUAACCAGGACUCGGUGUGGACAGAAUUAGAGUGUGCUGCCUUGGUUGGUGAAGACCAGCCCCUCUGCCCAGACCUUCCUGAACUUGACCUCUCAGAGCUGGAUGUCAGUGACUUGGAUGCCGACAGCUUUCUGGGAGGCCUUAAAUGGUACAGCGACCAAUCAGAGAUCAUUUCUUCUCAGUAUGGGAAUGAAGCAUCUAAUUUUUUCGAGAAGAUAGAUGAAGAAAAUGAGGCCAACUUACUGGCAGUGCUUACAGAGACCCUGGACAGCAUCCCGGUGGACGAGGACGGGCUCCCUUCAUUUGAGGCCCUGGCAGAUGGGGACGUGACCAAUGCAAGUGACCGGAGCUGUGCCUCCUCCCCAGAUGCCUCACCUCACACCCCAGAGCCUGAGGAGCCUUCUUUGACGGAGAGCACCUGGAAUGGCAAAGCAAGAGGGGGCUCUGGCCAACAGAAUCGCCCGGUGAGGCGACCUUGCACUGAGCUACUAAAAUAUUUAACCGCCACUGAUGACAUCCUGCUCAACACCAAAGCCAGUGAUGCCAAGAGCACCUGGGGGGGUCCCAGUAGCAGGGACAAGAGUAGCCUGGGUCUUGGUGCCUCAUCCUCGUCCUCAUCGCCAUCCUCGUCAUCCACCUCCUCGUUCUCCUCCCUGUCUUCCACAUCUUCGUCCACUUCGUCCACCACCUCCAAGAAGAAGUCAGCUGUGUCAUCUCAACAGCAGCUACAACAGCAGCAGUCACUGCAGCAGCAUCACCAGCGAGGUGAGAGCCGGGCUGCAGGCCAGUGUAUUGUGGCUGGUCAUGGGUCUGGGAAGUGGAAGCGUUGCUCUCAGGAUGACGGGGUUAAGGAUUCGGAAGGUGCCUCUUACCCCAUUGGUCGCAGAACCUACACCUGCGGCCAUGCCUGCCCAAAACAGGAGCACGGGCCGCCCAGUGAAGAAGGAAGGCCGCCAGGCAAUGUUGGCCGUCUGGCUGCCGCUAGGUUCAUUAGGUAUAUGCAUUCUUAUUCCCUCCCUCCCCGAGAGGUGAGUCACAGCUGUGAGCAUUGCCGAGAGGCUGCAGGCGCCACUCAGGCUAGGCAAGGGUUUGGCAGACAAGGCCGUAGUAGCAAUGGCGUUGCCAGCAGUGCGCCUCAUAGGAACAUCACAGUGACGAUUAAGAAAAGAGAUGUGAAGCCAGGACACCCUUUACUUAGCCAGCUGCUUACCUCCAAACAGAGGCCGACUCAAUUUCUGGCUCAACUCCACCAACUCUCAGUAUCCUCUGCAAGUAGUGUUAGAAGCAAAACGGCAGGUAAGAGAUCUAGGAGCCCAUCCAAGAUUUUGUUCAAGGGACAAGAGAGGGAAGUCAAAGAUGUCUCUGCUUUUAUAAACCAGACUCAGGAAUCAGAUCCAGGACCUCCAUUGUCACCUAUUACAUUAGACAUACACAGCUGGAUCAGUCAGCCGGAACCAGGGCUAGAUUGGAGCUUUGGACGAGAGCCUGGGUGGCCAAAGCAGGGAGGCUUUGGGGAGGAUGUGGACCAUGAUAAUGAUGGUGAUGGUGUUGUUGUUGAUGAUGAUGAUGAUAACCAUGUCAUAGGCAGCCCUGCUGCAGUGCUCUCUCAGGGCCCACCCCUCAGCCCUCUCCUCCCAGAUACUAGCAUUGCAGAGCCCUCCCCUCCCUGCAUCAUACAAGGGCAAGGCCCCCCACACAGGCAGGCACUCAGCGAGCACCCCGAUGACCAGGGAAACCUGUUGUUAGCCAAACCAACCACCUUGCCACUUCCUUUGACCCCAGAGUCUCCAAAUGACCACAAAGGAUCACCCUUUGAGAACAAAACCAUUGAACGCACAUUAAGCGUGGAGAUUGCCGGAACCCCAGGUUUGACACCACCUACCACGCCUCCACACAAAGCCAGUCAAGAGAAUCCUUUCAAAGCAUCACUGAAAACCAAGUUGUCCUCGUGUUGCUCCUCGGCCUUGACGUGCAAAAGAGCCAGGCUGAGUGAGUUGGGUGCCGGAGCUUCGGCCCUGGCCCCAGGUGCCUCAGCCGGGGGCCCCGCCAAGAAGGGUCCUGAACAGACUGAGCUCUAUGCGCAGCUGAGCAAAGCAUCCAUCGCCCUUCCUUACACCAUUGCUCAAUGUGCAGUGGGGGGCGAAGUUGAGGGACACUUCAGCACUGGGAACAAUAAGAAGGCCGCUGGGCAAGAUGGCCACAGUGACCAUGACUAUUGCCAUGUACUGGCUGCCAGUAAGAAGGAUGGGGGCACAGCAACUGUUUCCAUGGCUACAUCUAUGGAAAUGACAUUCACCCCAGGUGCCAUCUCCACUGGCAAGGAGGGGAACAGGCACACAGAAUGUAUGGACUCAGCCAUGUCAACAUCUUUUCUACCAUCUUCAGGUUCUACACCAUCAAUCUCAAUUUGUGAUUUGACUAAAGAGCAGAAUUUUGUCCAACUGGAUGGAAACACUUGCUCUGUAAGGGACAUAGGGGAGCAUACCCAUCCUCAAAUCACUCAGAUGCUCACACAGGGGGCCACUGUUGUUAGGGACCAAUUGCCACCUUCUGCCACCAGCCGGAAGCCCCUGUGUGACCAGGAAAUCAGAGCAGAACUCAACAAGCACUUUGGCCCUCCCCUACAAGCUCUCUUUACUCAGGGUGAGCAGGAGAGAAUUGAAAGCAGUAAACCAAACAAGCCUACAACCCCCCAAUCCCCUGAGGGGGGUGAAAUUGACUUUUACUCCCAGAGGCUGUCAGGAUCCAGCUACCUGCACCCAGGGUUACUGUCCUUUCAUGAUGAGCUCGAGCUGGACGAGGAUCGUGAUAAUCGCUUUGUCUUUCCAUGGGAGGGUACCCAUCUGGACUUUCUAUUUGACUGCCCUCCCCGUUCUCCCUCUUGUUCUCCACCAUCCACAUGCUCCCCUUCACGAGGUUCAAUCUCCCCAACAUCUUCCCUUCUCCUGUCACCUGGCCGAUCGUUCUGCUGGAAUGGCAGUGGGUCCCGUUCCCGCUCUCGGUCCCACUCUGGCUCCCGCAGUUCCUCAUCACGAUAUCGCAGGCGCUCUCUGUCCAGCUCACCAGACAGGCGCCCCUCCUCUUGGUCUCAUCAUACCUCCGAUCUCAAUGCUUUCCGCUCCAGAAUCCAUAAGAGCCCCAACCCUCAGUCUCGAUCUCUGCUCAGCCGCAGGCCAAGAUAUGACAGUUAUGAAGAAUACCAGCAUGAGAGACUUAAGAGGGAGGAAUACCGCCUGGAUUACGAGAAGCGGGAGUUUGAAAGGGCCGAGCAGAGGGAGAAACAAAAGCAAAAAGCAGUGGAGGAAAGACGGGUGGUGUAUGUGGGGCGACUGAGGUCCGACUGCAGCCGCUCAGAGCUGAAGCGCCGCUUUGAAGUCUUUGGGGAAAUUGAAGAAUGUGCAGUGAACCUAAGGGACGAUGGGGACAAUUUUGGCUUCAUCAUGUACCGUUACACCUGUGACGCCUUUGCCGCCCUUGAGAAUGGACACACCCUCCGUAGAUCAAAUGAGCCUCAGUUUGAGUUGUGUUUCGAUGGACAAAGGCAGCUCAGUAAAUCACAAUACACAGACUUGGACUCCCAUUCGGAUGACUUUGAUCCAACUUCCACGAAGAGCAAAUAUGACUCCAUGGAUUUUGACAGCCUGCUGAGAGAGGCCCAGCGCAGCCUGAGAAGGUAACCAGCUCCGGGGCGCCCGAUGUCUGUGUCACAAAGAGGAACUUCUUAUACCUCAACGUCGUUUCUCGCCUCAUCAGCGAUGAGACCACCAGAAGUUUUAUGCUCUGUCAAAGAGCUCCUGAGAAGAAUUCUAUAGACCUAUAUCAAAAUAAAUGAAUAUAUUAAGAAUAAAAGUUUACAUGAACAUAGCUGCUCAAGAGCUGGGAAGAAACAUUUCAUCCUGGGAAUGCCAGUCAACUCUCAAACUUGGAUGCACUCUACUGCUGUAAAACCAGUUAAAAGAAGAAGGAAAGACUUUUUGAUUUCCUUUUUUCCAAGCACUAAAAUACCUACAUUUUUUUUAAAGUGAAAAACAAGCAGUUCUUUCAGUCAGAUCUGUUUCCUUUGCUCCUGAUUUUCUUUUGACUCUUUUAAGUCUGGUAUUUUGGAUCUGGUGUUACAUUACAAACAGGAAAGUGAGACAAGUGAGUUUUGAAGGUAAAAUUCAAAAAGUAACAUUGUGGUCUACAUUUUAAAGGAGUAAUGUAGCUGUGUAUUUACAAAUGCUAUUAAAAAAGGACUAUUUUUAUUUUAUGUACAUAUCAGAGUUCUUUAUUUGUUACAGCUAUGCACUGUAAAACGCAGCCUUUUUUUAAAAAAAAAAGAGAAAAUUUCUUAAUUCAGAAUGUUGAUCUGUAGUAAUUACAAUACUGUUAAACAUAUUGUACACCUACAUGAUGUU